CACUCAACAGAGCCAUAAACAUUGUGAAGAAGUACCUGGCAGGAAAAAUAGAUGCUGAAUACACAGUAUCACAGGUGAAUGAGUGGCAAAAAACGAAUGUACAAACAGCAGAGCUCCUGUUGAUCAAGCUUACAAACAAGUCCCAGGGCAUUAACCUAGUCCAUUGGUUCCAAGAAAUACGCAACCUAAAAACAG